UUACUGUCGAACUCCAGACAACCCAGAAAAUGGGGGAAGCGACGACUAAAAAUAUUCAUAAAGAGACUUUCUUCAAAGGACUCGAGUUGAAUGAUUUGACAGAUAACGAUAACGAUUGUGGUGGUGAUGACUUUGCUCGUCUUAUAAGGUUUUCGAGAAGAAGCCCGGAAGUUUUGGAUCCUACGCCUUCGUUUAUGUCUACUUCUUCGUCGGCUUCGGCGAGUUUGGAACUCUCCUAUACGAAUACGGUGCCCGAGUCUCCGUCACGGAGUGAAACUGCGUCUAGAGCAGACGAGAUGGUGUCCAUGGCGAAGAGACCACCAUUGCUGAAGAGCACAAAGACAACUGGGACUCUAUCCGAGAGGGCACAGGAGGGCCCUCCUUGUAAGAGGAGACGGACCUAUGCCGCCAGGACCGUACCGGAACAGCAGCAGAUCUUCAAGGGUCUUGUAUUCUUCUUCUUCCCCAACAGCGAUGUCUCGCCCGUGCGACGUCUGCGAAUCCAGCGCGUACAGGAAUACGGUGCCAAUUGGGCUAGGUCGUGGGGAGACAAUGUGACCCAUGUGAUUGUCGAUAAGGGAUUGAAGUAUGAGGAUCUCGUACGUCAUAUGAAGCUGGACACUUUUCCGAGUACAAUCGCCCUGGUAGAUGAAGGCUAUCCUGCUGAGUGUCUCAAGUUUCGAUGUUUGCUUAAUCCUGCGCAAUCGCGGUUUCGUGUCAGUGGGCUCCUGACACCUUCUGUGGUUAAGGAGUCGUCUAUUAAAGUUAAGGAAUCACUGCCUGAUUCUCUACCUCUGAAGCCGCCAAAGGGGCAGCUGCAAUAUACUCCGACAGAGUCAGAGCAGAUGUCGAGUGGCCAGGAUAAUCGAUCAGUUCAGGGACCAGUCCAGCGACAGCAACUCGAGCCAGAGCCUUUCCGCGCGCAUGAAGAAUGUCCUGCUCGUGAACGCGAUGCCCUAGAUGAUAUCAUCGAGGAAACCAAAGUCACGAAAGACCUACCUUUGGACGAGUUAGAACCUGGAGAGGAAGAUACAAGUACAGCAGAUUUAGAGUCCGACUCUGAAACAGGAGGGAAAAAAGGGAAAUUCGUGCAAAAGCGCGACCUAGUGGUUGAAUCAUGGCAGCAACGAUUUGCAUGCAUGCAGAAACAUGAGAUGAAUUUGGAUUCCAAGAGCCCUAACAGCCGAACGAUCGAGGUUUUGCAGCAAAUGCUCGAUUACUACGAGAGAACUGCAGAUCAUUGGCGAGUGAUUGCCUAUCGCAAGGCCAUUAGUGCUCUUCGUAGACAACCCAAGAGGAUCGUAACACGGACACAAGCUAGGGUGAUUACGGGAAUUGGGCCACGUCUGGCAGACAAGGUCGAGGAGAUUGUUUUAACGAACCGGUUACGUCGCUUAGAGAAUGCCAACUGUUCACCGGAGGACCUGAUUCUCCAGAAGUUUCUGGGAGUAUAUGGCGCCGGCGUCUCUCAAGCAUCUCGAUGGGUCGCUGAAGGGUACAAAACACUUAAUGACUUGAAAACGAAAGCGACCCUGACCAAGUCGCAACGGAUUGGAGUCGAUCACUAUGACGAUUUCGCGCAACGUAUUCCACGGAAAGAAGUGGAAGCACAUUGUGCCAUUGUCCAAAAAGCCAUACACAAGGCCGAUCCCAAUAUGCAAGCCAUAAUCAGUGGAUCAUACCGACGAGGGGCCGCCAGCUCGGGAGACAUCGACAUGCUAAUCACUAAACCCGACGCAACCAUUGAGCAGAUUCGCACCCUAAUGAUGGAAGUCGUAGUCCUGAACCUAUUCCAGCAGGGAUUUCUUCAAGCCAGCUUAGCUAGCACGUCCCGUGGGGAUGGAUCUAAAUGGCACGGAGCGUCCGCACUACCCGGCAGCCCGAUUUGGCGACGGAUCGAUCUGCUCUUCGUGCCUGGAUCCCAGAUCGGAGCGGCGCUAAUCUACUUCACGGGCAACGACAUAUUUAACCGCAGCAUGCGUCUCUUAGCUAGUAAGAAGGGCAUGCAUCUUAGUCAACGAGGGCUCUAUGCGGACGUUUUGCGUGGAGAGCAGCGGAAGAAGUUGGCAGAGGGACGUUUGAUCGAGGGACGAGAUGAACGACGCAUCUUUGAGCUGUUGGGCGUGCCUUGGCGGCCUCCUGAGCAUCGUAUUUGCUGAAAUCUUUAUUCUGGAGACGUGGGGCGUGAUGUGAGCCUGCUAUUGCUAGAUCUAGAAUCGCUAAUGCAUGAUAUUUGUUCGGUGACGGGAGUGCAGAUGGAUCUGGAGAUGUGUAUCCAUACAGACGAGAGGAAGCCCGCAAUGCACACUAUUACUAUAGAAAAAGGAAAC